AUGCUGUCGCUCAGGCGCAUUCUCCGCCUACCCGUGCCCUCCUCCUGCGGCCCCCGCCGCCUCCUCUCAUCCCACCGCCGCGCUCCAGCGCACCCGGCCGCGGCCACCGGGGACGACGAGUGGAACGACGCGUGGGAGACCGCAUGGCUCCCGGGCGACUCCCCCGCCUCCUCGCCGGCACCCGCCGCGCCGUGGGAGUCCCCCACCUCGGAAGCCGUCGCGGCCACCGUCCCGGCCAUAUCCGCCGAGGUGGACCCUGACACGAAGGCCUUCGUCGCCGACAUGGACGAGCGCUGGGCCGAGCGCCGCGCCGCGACGAGGCGGCCGCGCGCUCCUCCUCGCCCCACGGCCGCCGAGGGAGGGGGCGGCGCCGGGGCGAAGAAGGCAGGGGCGGACGAGUACAGGACAAGGAAGCAGCGCGUGCACGCUGCGCUUUGGGUGAAGGAGAUCGACAAGAUGGAGGAGGCGCGCCUUGGCGGCGGCGGUGGUGGCCGCGGCGCAGCAGACGAUAUCGACCGGCUUCUUGACUCGUGCUCAGAGAUCUUUGAUUCCGGCAACGCUGAUUUUGGCGAUUCGAAGAUUCCAAGCACUGGUGAGAUUAAAACCAAGCCGGAUGGUUGGGAAACUACCUCGAGGGGUCAGGACGGUAACAUAUGGGAGAUCUCACAGCGUGAGGAGGACAUCCUUCUCCAAGAAUUUGAGAGGCGCAUUGCUUUCAGCAAACAGCAGAUUGCUAGCUUCAUCAAAACUCACAUAUUUAGUCGAAGACGGCCUAUCGACGGGUGGAAGUACAUGAUUGAAGAAAUCGGCCCCAACGCAAGGAAAGGGAAGGGGAGCGUACAGAGACUGCCAAGUGUGACUGAUCCGGCUACGCAGCCGUUCAGGGAGGAGUCGCCUGCAAUUGCCUCUGCUGGUUCCUCCUCUCCUCCCCCCUUCAGAGGAAACCGACAUUACUGA